GCCACUGACCUCAAUCCAACUUAUGCACUCGUUUUCUUCUCCGAAUCUCUUUUUCUUGUUUCAAUUAUUUGUGUUCCUGGAGUUGAGCAGAAGAAAGACUCGAUUUUGAUCAGGAUUUCCAAUUUUGUCCCAUGAAAAUCCAUCUGAUCUUCAUCUCCGCCUCUUUUGCCCUGUUCCUUGCCGUUCCGGCCGCCGACGCAUAUUCGCCCGGCGACGCCAUCCUCCUCAACUGCGGCGCAUCUGGACCGGACUCUGACCUCGACGGCCGAUCCUGGAUCGGCGACGCCUCCGGAUCCAAGUACGCCAUCUCCUCCUCCGGUGCGACGAGCUUCUCGGCCCAGCGGCAAGCUUCCUCCGUCCCCCGAGUCCCCUAUUUGACCGCCCUCGUCUUUACCUCCCCCUUCACCUUCUCCUUUCCCCUCUCAGACGCCGGUCGCAUCUUCCUCCGCCUCCACUUCUACCCUUCCAACUACUCCCACCAUGCCGCCCCGGACGCCUUCUUCUCCGUCACCGCCGGCGCCCACACACUUCUCCACGACUUCAGCGCUUAUCUCGCCGCCGAAGCCUUAAAUUUUCCCUACAUGGUACGAGAAUUCUCCCUCAACGUCUCCUCCGGCAGCAUAAACCUCACCUUCACCCCUUCCGCCGCUCGCAACAACUCGUACGCCUUCGUCAACGGCAUCGAGAUCGUUCCGAUCCCAGACAUCUUCCGCUCUGAACGGAGCCCUCUUCUCAUCCACGGUGGAAAUCCGGUGGAGCUCGACCUCGAUCCGGCCCAGGCUCUGGAGACCAUGUACAGGCUCAACGUCGGUGGGCAAGCGAUCACCCCCGCCAGAGACGCUGGCUUGUUCCGCUACUGGGAAGACGACUCGUUGUACAUUUGGGGGGCGGCGUUUGGGGUCAGCUUCUCCAAAGAUCCCAACGUGAGCAUCGAGUACUCUUCCAGACUCCCAAAUUACACAGCGCCGGAGGAAGUAUACUCCACGGCGAGAUCGAUGGGGCUAAAUGCCCAAAUCAACUUGAACUACAACCUCACCUGGAUUCUCCCCGUCGACUCCGGCUUCUACUACCUCGUCCGCCUUCAUUUCUGCGAGAUCCAGUACCCGAUCACGAAAAUGAACCAGAGGGUGUUCGAGAUUUUCCUGAACAACUUGACGGCGGAGUCGUACGCCGACGUGAUCGCCUGGAGCGGUGGGAUCGGCGUCCCAGCGUACAGGGAAUACGUGGUGAUCGCCAUGGGGACCGGGCGAAUGGAUCUGUGGGUGGCGCUUCAUCCGAACCCUAGAUCGAGGCCGGAAUACUACGAUGCGAUCUUGAAUGGGCUGGAGGUGUUCAAGUUGGAGAACUUUAGAAAGAGUUUGGCCGGCUCCAAUCCGGUACCGCCGCCACAACGGGCGGCGGAUUCGAACGGGGAUUGGAGAACGAGGAAACGUGAGGGUGGAAUCCCUUCUGGUGUGGUCGUUGGUGGGAUUGUUGGACUAGGGUUCGUUAUCACGGUUGCGGUUUUUGUGAUCGGCAAGUUCAAGGAUGAAGUUUUGAGCGCAGUGCUGGCUGGGGAGCGGCCGUCGAGCGUGGCAGAGUCAGCAGCGCGGUGGUGGAGGGAAGGAGCUCUCCGCCGGGAAGUUGGUCUCUUGGCGAAGGGCGAAGCCGCCGACAGCUAGGUUGAUCCGCUGCGGUCGUAAGAAGGUAAAGCACAGCGACGUCUCAAGUCAAGUCGUAUUUUAUAGAUUCGAUGUAUACGAAAAAUAAAGAAAUGGUGUAAAAUUACUAGAUGAAAGGUUUAUUAUAUUUUCGGUAA